AUGAACAAAAGAAACAUGUACUCCGUCCCCGAUCUAUCAACAAAAGAUAUAAUAUCAUAUCUUGCAGAGCUGAACAUCAAUAUAUCACCCGCUGACAUACUCAAACCAUCUAUUGCAGUAACGUCUGCAAUCUACGAUUCGCUUUUGGAGGCCUUCGAGGGCAAGGGUCUGCCAGAUGGAGAUGAGCCUCUCCAGGUGAUAAAGCAAGUCCAGAGAAUGGGCAAUUUGCUCGGCAAAAUUGGAAUCGGCAACUUUACAGUUAGAGACGUCAACCCAGACUCGCGUAGGCUUGUCCAGAUUCUCUCUACACUUAUUAAUUUUGGUAUGUAUCGUGACAGCAAAAAGCAGAUAUACGAGCAAGCCAGUAAAAUAGCCGAUGAUAAUUUUGCAGUAAAGAAAAGACUUGAAUCCCAGCUUGCAUCCACAAAGGAAGCAAUAGAAAAGGUGCAAACGGAGUUGGCCGAGAAUGCUAAAUUAAAGGAAAAUCUUGAAAACGAAAUAUCCAAUCUGGAGAGUGAGCUUAAGGAGUUCUACAAGUAUCAAAAAGAGAAGAUGAAUGAAGUGAGUCUCUUAAAAACUGAAAAGAUUGAAAUUGGAGAUAAGCUCUGCUCCUGCCAGCUGCUUGAGCAUAAUCUAAAACAGGAAAUAACUUGUCUCCGCACCCAAAUUGUGAGCGAUCCAACAAAGCUGCUAGAGCUCGUUGAAGAAAUGAGAAGCUUGAUUGAAAAGGAAAAGGAAUCUAUACGGAAUAUUGAAAAAAGCAUCCAAGAGCAAAGCUUGGUUCUAAACAAGCAGAAUAAGUACUGGGAGCAAGUAGUGAAGAUGCAUUCCAUAGUAAAAGAACUAAAUGUAAUCGAGGAAAGAAUUGAGAAGUUUGAACAAAACAUUUUAAUGUCAGAAAGCAAGCUCAAAAACUGGGACAGCAGCAUAAAUGCCCUGAAGAUUAGGAUAAAUCACAUUGAAAGACAGGUGUCGCAUCUCGAAAGCAAAAUUUUUAAUCUUCAAAGUAGAGACAAAAAGGUUUCCGAGGAAAUUUCAGCAAAGAUAGCAAACUUGAGGAUGAAGUAUGAUUCGGUAAAUUCAGAAAGAGAGCAGUUGCUAGAAAAGGUGAGAAACAAUAACAAACUGGUCCAAGACGUGCUGUUUGAAAAGGUAAAGAAGAGUGGAGAACAUGAAAGAGAGUGUGCAGAGAUUGCUGGGCUGCUUGUAAAUUUAAAUGGGGAAAUUGAGUUAUUUUUCAAUGAAUUGAAGAAUGUAGUCAAUCAGUAA